GAGCUUUUCAGGCGUUUUACAGGGACACCUUUUCUUCAAUCGGUCCGUGUUCAGGCCCUCCGGAAAAAAAGAGUACAUUCGAAGAUGGCGGGGGAGGUGUACCUAUUGUGGCUCCUGUCGAUUUUACAGGCGAUCUCUACCUAUGGAGCCGAGCUUUCCUCGGAGGCCUGCAGGGAGCUGGGUUUCUCAAGCAACCUUCUUUGCAGUUCCUGCGACCUGCUGAGCCAGUUCAGCCUGUCUCAGCUGGACCCCUUCUGCCGGCAGUGCUGCCAGGAGGAGGCCCAGGUUGAAGCCAGGAAGCACUAUCCUGGUGCUAUCCUGGAGGUCUGUGGAUGAAAACUGGGGAGGUUCCCUCAAGUCCAAGCUUUUGUCAGGAGUGAUAAGCCCAAGAUGUUCAAAGGUCUUCAGAUCAAGUACGUUCGAGGCUCCGAUCCUGUGCUCAAGCUGCUGGAUGACAACGGGAACAUCGCUGAAGAGCUCAGCAUCCUCAAGUGGAACACAGACAGCGUGGAGGAGUUCCUGAGUGAAAAACUGGACCGCAUAUAAAUCGUCAGAACAACCAAAGCAUAUGACACUUUACUUGUGCCCUCCAUUUUUUGUGUCACGUGUCAGUUUGCUGAAUUAUCUUCAUGGCCGGGUUUCCCGGAACCGCGGUAACACAUUGCUCUCGGUUGUUGGUCUUUCCAAUGAUGAUUACACAAGCUUUCUUUCUUUUUUCCAAAGAGAUCCACACAUUGAUUGGCCUUUAAUACAUGAACAGAAGUCCUUUUCGUACAAGUGAUGCUGUGUGCUUCUCAUUGGUUAUUAAUGUUUUAUUUUUUGUGUAGCUCUGUACAGUUUUAUAACUGUUUUUGUGGCUGAGUUCAGACAGGCUGGGAUGUCACUGCGUCCCCUGACCUGCCGGGGUGCCUCGGAGAAGUGCACAUUAGUGAGGGCCUCACAGUAAACCAGCCCUGGGUUGUGGGGCCUGAUGUCCUUGUGUGCUAACCUGGACUCUCCUCUAGGGGGCACA